AAUGGCGGUGGUGGAUGAGCUCAUAUAUACUCGUACGAAAACGAAAAGAAACAAGUUUAGCUUUUUGGAACGAAAUGAUGAUGGCUGGACGGUGGGGCAGCUUCAUUCGAACGUGAAUCGCGAACGACGCCGGAUGAACGACAGCGGACGCCCACGACGGCCCCAACCAACGAUACAGAUACGAAAAGCGUGUGACAAAGCCCGCAUAAGUGUGUCCAUUUCUCUCUGUGUGUCUGUGUGCGUGUGUGUGUGUGCGUAAAAUUUUACUAGCAGCAGCAGCAGCAGCGUUUUUCUUUGCCAUUGCUACUAAUUGGUGGGUUUUAAUGUUACGUGGCCAUAACGCGGCAUUAAUCUGGAUUAAUUAACAAUCGGCUGAGGAACACUGACAACAGCUGAGCUGGAGAAAACGACGUAGCAUCUCUGUCGCUCGCUCUCCCCCUCGCACACACUUUUAGUUUUCCGUUUUUUUUUUUUGGCAAUACUUUGCUUGUAAGCAAAUCGAUAGAAGAAUCUAAAAUCCAAAACAAAAACAGAACAAAUUCAAAGUGCAGAAAAAAACGAAGGUAAACUCUCUCGCGGCAACAACAAAAUCAAUAAUUGGCCCCGUGCCCGUGUGUUUGUGUGUGUGUCAGUGUGUCCCUCGCUCUGUAAGUGUGUAUGGGUGAGAGAUUGUGCCUUUUGCUGGACAACUGGAGCAAUGCCCUGCUGAUUGAUCAGCCCUGAACAGAAGAACGUUAAAAUUGCAACCGAAACAGUGUAUCCAAAUCGAGAGUAACCAUGCAGUCAGCGCCCGCAACACAGCCUGGUGGCAGCGGCACCCAUACGCCCGUCAAUCCCACGUCCAGCUCCUCCUCCGUCACAGGCACAGCAGCUGCCAGCACCAGCACCAGUACACCCAUUAGGAUCAACAGCGCCAAGCACUCUGGCGGCGGCGAUUCCUUGCUGCCGUCGCUGGGCCUUGGCGGCGGCAGCAGUGGAACGGGUGCGUCCACCUCCCACUCGAUGCCCGGCACACCGCAGCAGUCCAGUAGCGUUCCAACGGGCAGCCAUCUGCAGCUGCAGACUCCGAGCGCCACCGGGGGCGCCGUGACGCCAUCGGGCCUCUCGAUGGGCGCCUCGAAUCAAUCGCUGGGCGUGAGCGUUGGUGCUGCCAGCAGUGUCGGCGGCAUCAGCAUUACGCCACCAAACAGUGCUGGCCUCCGUCAGUCGACAGUAUUCGAUUUCAAAUUCAAACGGCGACCAUCGCUGAAAGUGCUCUUAACGAAACUGCCAUCCACAGACAGUUUGAGCAACAGUCCGGCGCCAUCAUCGCCAGGAAUCGCCAAUUGGGCCUCAGACAAUCGUGACGGCAAUGUGGCAGAUAAGUCAGCUGCUGAUGCCGCCAAGCUCAAUCGUAAGGAGUCCUACAAGGCGCAGAGGAAGAACUACAGAAGAGAGAAGAAACGAGUGGCCAGCGAGCUGAUGAAUUCCCUGCAGGAUCCAGCCGUAAUUGUGCUAGCCGAUUGGCUAAAGGUCCGUGGCACACUCAAGUCCUGGACGAAGCUGUGGUGUGUGCUCAAGCCGGGACUGCUGUUGAUCUACAAGAGCCAGAAGACUAAGAGUAGUCAUUGGGUGGGCACCGUAAUGCUCACCUCGUGCCAGGUGAUCGAGCGGCCCAGCAAGAAGGAUGGCUUCUGCUUCAAGCUCUUCCAUCCCCUGGAGCAGUCCAUUUGGGCGCCACGUGGACCCGACAAGGAGACCAUCGGUGCCGUUGUCCAGCCAUUACCAACCGCCUACCUGAUCUUUCGAGCGCCCAGCCAGGCGGCUGGUAAAUGCUGGAUGGAUGCCCUGGAGCUAUCGCUGCGCUGCUCCGCGCUCUUGCUGCGCACCAACAGCAGCACAGCGCCGUCCAACACGUUUGUGGGGGAACCGCUGCUGCCCGUCUCCCACGAGACGCAAUGGUCGGAGGCGGACUACGAGAAGCACUUCAAUGACCAUGGUAAGUUUGGUCAGUUUCUGGCGCUGCCGCCCGACUUGGAGUCGACUUCGCGUUCCGACAGCGGCAGCCAGCUGCCCUCGCGGGCCCAGACUCCGCUGCUGCAGCAGCUGUACAGCAGCGCCGUCAGCAACUGGGAGCGCACCAAGCGGCUGCCACACUUUCGGCAGCAUUCGGAGCAGCGAAAGAGCUCCUACAGCGAUGCCUCCUCGAGCUGCGACUACGCUUUGGGCACCCAGCGCAAGCGUCGCCUUCUGAACCCCGCCAGCAAGUCGCUGUCCCUGGGCGGAUCAGGCGCACUGGGCGGCAGCCGCAGCAGCUCGAGCGACGAUGAUAACGAGGAUGACUAUGACUCCACGAGCGUUGUUAGCCAGGCGCCAGGCGCACAGCCUGUUCCCCGGUUCCGCCUUAAUGUGAAGGAUCUGGACGCGGACAGUCAGAAUGAGGCGCCCAAUGCCGCCAUGUCGGGUCUGGAGUCAGAAUCGGAGUCGGAUGCGGGUGAGCCGCUGCAGGAUGAUACCCUAGAGCAAGCCGCCUGCGUGGAGACCAACUAUGCCCCCUUCACCGAGGAGGAAUUCGGCGAGCAAGGGGAACAGGUGGAGGAGUUGGCCGAUGAGAACAAGAGCCUUAUCUGGUGCAUUGUGAAGCAGGUGCGUCCUGGCAUGGAUCUGAGCAAGGUGGUGCUGCCCACAUUCAUACUAGAGCCGCGCUCCUUUCUGGACAAACUCUCCGACUCGUAUUACCAUGCAGAUUUGCUCUCCAAGGCCGUGCAGGAGGAUGAUGCAUACACGCGCAUGAAAAUCAUCGUACAGUGGUACCUGUCCAGCUUCUACAAGAAGCCCAAGGGCCUGAAGAAGCCCUAUAAUCCCAUAUUGGGCGAGACUUUCCGUUGCUAUUGGCAGCAUCCCGGCGGCAGUCGGACAUUCUAUAUUGCCGAGCAGGUCUCGCAUCAUCCGCCCGUGUCGGCAUUUUAUGUGACAAAUCGCGAGGAUGGCUUCAGCAUCACCUGCUCCAUCUUGGCGAAAUCGAAGUUCUACGGCAAUAGCACAUCCGCCGUCCUUGAGGGGGCGGCCACCAUGACGCUAUUGCCGCGCGGUGAAUGCUACAUUGCCUCCACGCCCUACGCCCACUGCAAGGGUAUACUGAUGGGCACGCUGUCCAUGGAGCUGGGCGGCAAGAUAAACAUCGAGUGCGAGAACACCGGUUACAGGACGGAGCUAGAGUUCAAGCUGAAGCCAUUCCUCGGCGGCUCCGAGUCCACCAAUGUCGUUGUGGGCAAAAUCAAGCUGGGCAAGGAGACGCUGGCCACCAUCAAUGGCCACUGGGACAAGGAGUGCCGCAUCAAGGACACCAAGACGGGUGAAGAAACCCUCCUGUUCAAGGUGGAUGGCGAUCUGCGGGCGAAGCGUCUGCCCCGGUACCUGGUCCCCAUUGAGGCGCAGGAGCCGCACGAGUCGCAACGCCUGUGGGAGCGUGUCUCCGAGGCCAUUGCACGCGAGGAUCAGGUGGCCGCCACCGAGGAGAAGACCAUACUGGAGGAGAAGCAGCGGGCCGAGGCGAAGGAGCGGGCGAGCAACGAGGCACUGUAUGUGCCCAAUCUCUUCGAGCUGGACAGCUACGGGCAGUGGAUAUACAAGUACGCGGAUCUACGGCCCUGGGAUGUCCGGAACGAUGUGCGGCAGUAUGAGUGCCAGUACAAGGUGCUGACACAGACGCGCCACAAGUCGGUGCCCAUUGUGCAUGGGGCCGAGGUAAUGCAUCCCCUGCGCAGCUCCCUCGAACCGGUGGCCCGCUCGCACAGACAAUCGGGCACAGCCUCCUCAAAGGCGCCCAAGGCCAAGAACAAGAGCCUGGUGCUGGCGCCACGAGACACUAACUCGGACUCCAGCCAGUCGCCCCAGGGUGUGGUCAAGCGCAGCUCCUCCAGCUCCAUUAGGCAAAUCAACUUGGCCCUCGAUCAGGUCAACCGCGUGCUGGAGGUGCACUCGAAGCAGCUGAACGAUAUUAGUCAGCGGCUGGAGCGUAUGCAGUAUGCACCACCGCCGCAUCUGAGACCGGGCGCACAGAAUAUGCUGGGCGGCGGUGUCGCUCUGUCGACGGUGAUCAAGUCAUUGAUUUAUGCUCUUAUUGGGCUGACUUUCAGCCUGAUUCUGCGCUGGCUGUUCAAGUAGACGGGCAGCAGUGGUAGUUGCGGGCGCAAUUUGUUUAGACUUAAGAAAACAUUUUGGUCAACGUUUAGAUAACUUAUAACCCCCAACCCCCCCCACUAUAAUACAGAUUCAGACUGUAAACAACUCGCAUUGUAUUGUAUUGUAUUGUAUUGCCUUUGCCCGCUGCCAGAGAUGUGCAGCUAGAAGCUCCAUUUGCGCGAGAAUCCAAUCACGAACUAAGUCAUAAGUGUUUUGCCGUAAGUCCAGCCCUCCCCCAGUCCUCUACUGCAGCUCCUCUAAAAUACUUUUUGGGUAGGCUAGGCUAGCGAAUAAAUAUGUACCUAUAUAUAUAUAUAGACACCACACAGACACAGACACACAUAUAAAUAUAGUAUAUAGUUGCACCAGAUUUCGUAAAAAUUCCAAUAUAUUCGAUAACUAGUUCGCUUUAUCCGUGUUCUUUUGUUGUUCUUGUUGUUUCCUUCUUUAAGUAAUUAUUCGGAUCGGAUAUGUACCCUUUACACUACACCUGUUUUCCAUUUAGAGUGAGUAACGAAACGAAAACAAUGCUCGAGAGGCUGUCUGCUCGACGCUACCCGCACCGCCGCCCUAGAGAUUUAAUGCGAAAACUGCUUAUAAUAUGUAUCUAAUUUUAGUCUUAUAUCUUAUAUACAUGACCUGUUUUUCCCUGUAUUCAACGCCCCCCGCCCCGCCCCCAAGACCUGCAAGCAUUUCACUUGAAAUGCAUAUUUAAUAAACUAUCUUUUUUCAAAUC